AUGAUCGUCUGCCGCGCCGCGAACGCCGCGCCGGAUCUCUACCUCGCCGUCUCCGCCGGCGCCCCUUUCGUGGAUUGCCUCACAACCCUCCUCGACGACGAGCUCCCUCUCACGGUGACGGAGCGCGAGGAGUUUGGCGAUCCCACCACCGACGAAAAGGCGUUUGAUCUGAUUCAUGGGAUCUCGCCCGUGUUGACGAUCCCGUCGGGGGCGGUUGCGCCGAAUAUGCUGCUCGUGACGAGCCUGCACGAUACGCGGGUGGGGUUUUGGGAGCCGAUGAAGCUCGCCGCACGCAUGCGCGCCCAGAUGGUUCACGGCAAGGCCGUUGGGCGUUUUGUGGUGCUCAUGUGUGAUGCCAACUCCGGCCAUGACGGCGCGAGUGGGCGAUAUGAACAUAUUGAAGAAAUUGCAAGAGAAUACGCAUUCGUGAUCGAUGCGGCCAGACGAGAGCGAGAAGGCGACGAAAGGAAUGGGGAAACGUUACCAUAG